UCGUAUUGCGUGAAUGAGGCCAUAUAAUGAAUGCAGUCGCAAUAUGAUUGUGCAGAGUCGCUACGACGCAGUUGGAACUACUAAACGAGGACUCACUAAUGCUACAUAGAAUGAUACCCGACAUACCCUCCACUAUUCUUAUCUAAACCCCUUUGGAGACUAUAGUCGGAAUAUUAAAUGGGUAUGCUCCAAUCUCGAAGGCCAUGAAGUUUACGUCUUCUUGAAGACGCCAGUGGCCUAAGUAAGUGGCCUCGCCUGAGUCCUGCGAACCUACGAAGAGCUAAGUAAAUCAGUUGUGCUCUUCUAUUUAAAAUGGCAGUUGGUAAUGAGUCCGCGGAUCCCCUCGCAAAAGGUAUAUUCGCGACGGCGAAGCAAUCUUGGGGCGAUCUCUUCCGAUGGAAACAAAGGGUCAUUGUUACGAACGAGCUGGGCGAAUCUCACACGGAAUGGCAGUCCCCCGAGAAGCUUAGAAAUCCCAUCUCACUUUUGAUGCUUUUAAGCGCGAGGGAUUGGACUUACUUCCUUGUAGGUCUAUUCGCGUGGACUGCUGAUGCCUUCGACUUCCACGCCUUGGCGAUACAAACCGUCAAGCUAUCACACUACUACGAGCGUAGCAAGACUGACAUCACUACCGCCAUCACCUUAACACUGCUCUUGAGAUCUGUUGGUGCUGCCGUAUUUGGCCUCCUCGGCGAUCGGUUCGGUCGAAAAUGGCCAAUGGUCGGCAACUUGAUUUUUCUCGGUCUCUUGCAAAUUGCGACUAUCUACAGCGCCACGUUUCAGCAGUUCCUUGCUGUGCGAUCUCUUUUCGGCUUAUUUAUGGGGGGAGUGUAUGGCAAUGCCGUGGCCAUGGCUCUUGAGAACUGCCCGACAGAAUCACGUGGUCUAAUGAGUGGUAUACUGCAACAGGGUUACGCUCUUGGGUAUGUUCUUGCUGCGUGCGCGAAUCUAGGCGUUGGCGGUGGCACGGAUACCUGGAAGACCGUCUUCUGGGUUGCGUCUGGCCUUUCUAUCGGCGCUGGCCUCCUACGCUGUUUAUUCCCGGAGUCCAACCAGUUUAGAGAGGCGAAGGCUACCGGUCAUCACAUUUCAGCCGGUGACUUCUGGAAGGAAACUAAAUCGAUGCUCGCUAAGGAGUGGCGUAUGUGCGUAUACUGCAUUUUUCUGAUGACGUGGUUUAACUACUACGCACAUACUAGCCAGGAUAGCUAUACGACUUUCAUGCUAGAGUCAAAGGAGCUCCCCAACGAUGCUGCUACGCGUGCCAGUAUCCUCAUGAACACGGGAGCUUGUGUUGGCGGCACAAUUAUCGGCUACCUCUCUCAAUCUAUCGGCCGUCGUAGAGCCAUCGUUGGUGCCGCGCUUAUCAGCUGCUGUCUUGUUCCGGCCUGGAUCCUGCCCUCAGAAGAAUCAGGACUCUCUGCUUCUGGAUUCGCGAUUCAGUUCUUUGUACAGGGGGCCUGGGGCGUAGUCCCUAUUCACCUCAACGAAUUGUCACCGCCUGCCUACCGCUCUACCUUUCCAGGCCUCGCGUAUCAGCUAGGCAACUUAGUAUCUUCGCCAGCAGCCCAGAUCGUCAAUGCUAUUGCCGAGAACAAUUUUGUUACCAGCAAGAGCGGAAAGUUAGUCGAUGGGUACGGCCCAACUAUGGGAAUUGCGCUCGCAAUCGUCGCCGUCGGCAUUGCAGUAACAGCUGCGCUAGGUCCCGAGAAGUGUGGCAGAUCUUUCGAGCGCGCUGGGCCUGCUGGCGCAAACAUCUAUAUUGAUAUUGGGAAGGCUGUCGAUGCUGGAUCCAUUACGGAUUCCACCAAAAUUAUCGACGCAGAGAAAAUCGAAGUCUAAGUAGAGCUGGUACUGCUUGAAAUAAGUCAUGGGAGCUUUGGUUCUCCAAUACAAUAUAUAUAUCUCAUUAUACACCCAGGUUGCGAACAAAUAAUUUCAACAAGUACAUAAUUACAAUAUAAACUCCGUAGACAUAGAUCAAGUUCUUCCUUCCUAGAUACAAAUACAUUGCAUGAUUCUGUCUUGG